AUGGCUAGAGAGCUAAGUAAUAAAGUUGUAGUAAUAACGGGAGGUGCGGUUGGUAUCGGCUGUGAGAUAGCUGGAAGAUAUUUACAAAGAGGUGCCCAGGUCACUAUAAUUCUUGACAUUGACGAAAAACAAGGACAGGAGACAGCGACGAAUCUUUGCACAACAUACGGCGCUAAUAGAGCAUUUUUUAUGAAAUGCGACGUCACUAAGGAUUUAGAAACGGUUUCAAAGGAAAUUUUCGAAAGUUUUAAGAAUGUUGAUGUAUUAGUGAACAAUGCUGGUAUAUUAAAUGACCAAGCGUCGAAAAAAACAAUCGAUAUUAAUGUGCAAGCCUUAAUUGAUUGGUCCAUAACAUUUUGGAAUCAUAUGCGCAAAGAGAAAAAUGGUAAUGGUGGUACCAUAAUUAACUUAGCCUCUAUUUAUGGAUAUAGAGUGGAUCCAUAUCUACCAAUCUAUCAAGCUUCGAAGUUCGCUGUUAUGGGUUUUACAAAAUCCCUAGGCCAUGAAUACAAUUACCACAGAACAGGAGUCCGAGUUAUUGCUAUAUGUCCUGGCUUCACUGAAACUAAACUAACAACUGGGGUCAAGACUUGGGACGAUGAAUACAUAGCCCAAGAUUUCUCAAACUUUGUUCAAAAGCAAUUAUGGCAAAAAGUGGAUGCAGUAGGCAACGCUGCUGUAGAGGCGUUCGAAAAAUGUAACAGUGGAACUGCGUGGCUAAUAGAAGGAGGGAAACCCAUUGUUGAAGUUUAA